GGAAGGAAGGUCCGUGCGAUGAGCGGCCCGGAACGGGACCCGGGGCUUGGCACGGCCGGGCCUGCCGGGCGGCACCGGGAAGGAGAGGGGACGGAGAGGAGGGGGGGGGGACACCGGUGCUGCAGCCCCCUGCCCGACGGCGGGCCCCGCCGACCGCCCCUUCGCACGCCCCGGCUCCCCCAUUGCACCCCACGGAGCCCUCUUGACACCCCGCGGAACCCCCCGGGCACCCCGCGGAACCCCUUGGCACCCCACGAACCCUCCCUCGAACCCCACGGACCCCGCUUGACACCCCGCGGAUCCCCCCGGCACCCCACGGACUCCCCUUGGUACCCCGCGGACCCUCCCUCGAACCCCACGGACCCUCCUUGACACCCCGCGGACCCUCCCUCGAACCCCACGGACCCUCCUUGACACCCCGCGGACCCUCCUUGACACCCCUUGGAACCCCUUGGCACCCCGCGAACCCCCCUUCGAACCCUACGGACCCCCCUUGGUACCCCGCGGACCCCCCCUGGCACCCCACGGACCCUCCUUGACACCCCACGGACCGUCCUUCGAACCCCACGGACCCCCCCGGGCACCCCCCGGCCGUUUCCCGCGGUGCAGCCCCUCGCCCGGAUCGGCCCGAGGCAGCACCGACCCCCGCUGCUCGCCCCCCGCCAGCCACGCAAGGUGCUGGAUCCCGGAGCCGGGACGGGCUGUCACCCCGCGCCGUGUCACCCCAAGGACAGCGCUGAGCAGUAAGCACCGCCGGGUGCUGACUUCCCCCGGAUUUCCUCCUCGCCGGCACCAGCGCCAGGAGAAGCUUUCGGUUUGCCCAUGUUCCCACCGCGGGGCGGCAGAAGGACCUUCCCCAGGGAGCCUGGUCCAUGGCAGGCUGGACCACGGCUACCCCUCCAUCAUGAGCCACCCUGGGAGCACCAGCACAGGAGAGGCAGGGGCGGAUGGCGCCCGCAAGCUGCCAUCCUUGCUGGCGGCGAUUUGCUGUUGCAGCCCUGUCCCUGGGGCCCCAGGCCCUUCCCUGGUCCUGAAAACUUCUAUGAGAAUGAAGAGGAGGACAGGAGAUGGGCACCCCAUGACUUUCCCCCACCACCCCCCUGGCACGAUGAAAGAGACAUCCACGAACCUGAGGACUGGCACUCGCCUGCUCCUUUGGACCCCAGACCUUUCCCUGGCCCUGACAACUUCUAUGGGCAUGAGAAGGAGGAGACAUGGGCACCCAACAACUCUCCUCCACCCCCGCCUUGGGAUGACAGAGAAAACUUCCGAGAACCUGAGGGCAGCUUUGGAGAGUUCUGGCACCCGAAUCCACGGCUGCCCAGCCCUGACUGCUUUGACAGGUGUGAAUUCCCCAUGGAGGAGCAGCAUCCACCCUGGCCCCCUGCCAGCAUGCCAGGGGAGCCAGGAGGCUUCCAGGAUGACUGCCCACCCUUGGGCUAUCGUGGCCUGCCUGGGAGACGCUACCGACGCCUUCGCCGUGACCACCGAGAUGUCAUCGUCGUCCAACGCCUUCCGUGUUCCCCCCGGCCCUCCAGAGGGACGAGGCCGCCCCCCAGGUCCGCUCCUCCCCGCUCUCCUCCCCGCUCUCGGAGGAGCCAGCCAGUGAUCAAAGAAGAACCACAGAACCCUGAUCCUUCCCAGCCACUUCUUCUCAAAGAUGGUGCACAGAGGAGGGAGGAGACAGCUCAGGUUGUGGGCUUUCUCCCCCACCUCGUUCCAGCAACCACCAGUGAGACGAGUUUGCACCGUCUGAGCCCUGCCCGGUGCCGUCCUGUCACUAACCAACCUGGUUUCCCCCAGGGCCCACCGGUGGGGCAGGGGGAGUUCCCAAAGGCUCCCAGACCAGCUGACACCCCUCAGAAGAGCCCAGCUGCUGAUUCCCAGGCUGCAAGGGAGGCUGUGGAGCCAGAGCAGGCAGCAGGAGCAACACCGGUCGAGCCAGGAGCUGAGCAGACACCUGUGGACAGCAAGGACCCUUCUGCUUUGGAAAUAGAGCCAGUGCCACCGGAGGAGAGCUCUGCUGGACCAGGGGAACACCACGAGGUAGAGCCACGUAGCCCAAGUGUCCCUAGGGCUGGUGCAGGUGGCAGGUCCCGAUCCCAAAUUCCAGCAGCCACUCCAGAGCCUGCCGAGAGGGUCCAUGUGGUGUCCAUCUCCCGCAGGGAGGUGGGUGUGGAGCUCUGCCCACCUUCCCAGGGACAGCAGUGUCAGUUGAGCGGAGCUGGAGAUGCUGAGGCAGAAGCCAGCAAACAUGGGCUUCUCAGCAACCUUCAGCCAACCCAGAACUCACUGGGAGCCACCGCAGAGCCUGAUGUGGAGCCCAGCCAGGCCAGCUCCAACGUCUGCACCAAGCCAGACACCUCACCAGGGACCCAGCACCCUCCUGGGUCUGGUGACACAGAGCUGGCUGCAGGUGGCCGGCCCUGGCUCUGCUCCGCGCUCCCGACUCCUGUCCCGGCUGGCACAGACCUCCGCUCCGCCGCCGUCCUCGCCAGGAAGGAGGAGAUUGAGUUGUCGUACCAGCAGUUCAGCCUGACCAUUGCGGUGGUGGCCACGAUGCUGCUGGCAAAGGAGCCCUCCAUGGAGGCAGCACUGGGGCUGGCACUGAGGGCCAACCUCCGCCAGGGCCGGAUCCAUCACCUCCAGGAGCUGGAGGACUUCAUCAACAGCUACGACUCGGCCACCCUCAGCCCCUGACAGGGGGGUGGCAUGAGUGGCUCAAUACCCCCUCUCACCAGCUGAGGUUGGGAGGAAAUGGGGGGCUAUGCCAGUGCAUUGGGGUGCUGAGCCCUCCAGUCAAGGUGCUAUGGAUGUGUUGGCACGGUCCCACCAUCUGUCUUGGAGAUGGAGGGAGUGUUGUUUACUGGUGUUCAGUUUGAGCCCUGCCCAGACCUGUAUGUGCAGCCACAGGGGAGCUGGUUUUACUGGAGUGUGGUGGGAGGGAGAGUGGCUGCAGGGAGCUCUCCUCUGCCCUGGCUCCUUGCUCCUCUCCUGGUUCACAGGGCUGGACCCCAAAACCCCAGGGGUUGUUCUUUGUUGGUAAUCUAAAA